AUGGGCAAGGAUUCCGCCGACAAGAAGCUCAAGAAGGACAAGAAGGAGAAGAAGGAGAAGCGCACCUCCGACGCCGACGGCAUCGUCAAGGCCUCCAAGAAGAGCAGGAAGAGCGUCAGCAAGAACGAUGUCUCGGACGCACUCGAGGCAGAGCUCGAGAAGGGCGAGGACAGCACCAUGAUCAGCGUCGUCGACGGCGAUGUCACCAUGGCUGACGGCGACGACAACGACUCUGCUGUCGAUGUCAAGACGGCGCUCGUGCCGUUCGCGUACCCGCUUGCUGAGGAGAGCAAGGAGGUUAAGAAGAUCCUUAAGACGGUGAAGAAGUCCGCCAAAUCCAAGACCCUCCGCCGCGGCGUCAAAGAAGUCGUCAAGGCGCUCCGCAAAUCCUCGGCCAACGGGCCCUCCUCCUCGGGCACCAGCUCCCCCACCGCCAUCGUCAUCAUCGCCGCCGACAUCUCGCCCAUGGACGUCAUCUCGCACAUCCCCGUGCUCUGCGAAGACCACAACAUCCCGUACAUCUACGUCAAGUCGCGCGCCGAGCUCGGCGAGGCCAGCGCGACGAAGCGGCCGACCAGCGUCGUCAUGGUCGCCAAGGACAGGACGAGCAAGAAGGCAAAGGACGUCAAGGAGGGCGAUGCCGACGAGUUCGACGAGGCGUACGCUGAGCUCGUCAAGCUCGUCGCCAAGGCGAGCAAGACUGUCAAGAAAUGA